GCCGCCGGCCCCGCCGCCGCCUCACAGGCAACAGGUCCCGGAGCGCCCCGGCCGCGUCCCGUCCCGCCGCCCGGCCCGGCCCGGCCCGGCCAUGCCGCUCCGGCUGGCGCUCUGCCUGCUCGCCCUCUGCGGCCCCGCCGGCGGCGACGCCGCGCACGGUGGGAUCUGCUGGCUGCAGCAGGGGAAGGAGGCCAAGUGCACCAUGAUCCUGAAAACGGGCGUGACGUGGGAGGAAUGCUGUGCCAACGGCAACGUGGACGUGGCCUGGUCUAAUUACACCUACCCAGGCAACAAGAUCAGCCUGCUGGGCUUCCUGGGGCUGGUGACCUGCCACCCCUGCAAAGAGAGCUGCGAGGGGGUGGUGUGCGGCCCCGACAAGGUGUGCAAGAUGAAGCACGGGCGGCCCCAGUGCGCCUGCGCCCCCGACUGCUCCAGCCUGCCCCGCAAGCUGCAGGUCUGCGGCUCCGAUGGCUACACCUACCGGGACGAGUGCGACCUGCUGACGGCCAAGUGCAGAGACCACCCCGACCUGGAAGUGAUGUACCAGGGCAAAUGCAAAAAGUCCUGCUCCAGCGUGGUGUGCCCUGGCACCCACACCUGCGUGGUGGACCAGACGGGCAGCGCGCACUGCGUGACGUGCCGGACGGCUCCCUGCCCCGAGCCCACCAGCCUGGACCAUGCCCUCUGCGGCAACAACAACGUCACCUACCCGUCGGCGUGCCACCUGCGGCGGGCCACGUGCCACCUGGGGCGCUCCAUCGGCGUGCGCCACUACGGGAGCUGCUCGGCCGUGGCCAAGUUCUCCCUGGAGACGGACAACGCCGAGGAAAACUACGUGUGAAUCCUUCCUUCGCCGCAAGGCCGGACCCAGGAGACAGGGGCAUUAUGUGUAUAUUGUACAAACCAUAUACCUGAUAUUUAUUAAGAUAAAAGGUCCUUAU